UAACACGUGGAAAGUUCCGGAUUAUCUAAAGGUCGACAUAAAACGCCGGAGGAGAAUCAGAGCCGCGUCUGUUUUUAUCAACCUGCACGUCUAAUCGAACUUAGUUAAUCAAAAUGCCGAGAGGAAGCAGAAGCCGUACAUCCAGGAUGGCCCCGCCAGCCAGCCGGGCACCACCACCCCCACCAGCACACCAUGCUCCCAGUGCCCCAGUUCCAAUGCAUGCUCCCCCGUCUGCUGUGGGUGCACCAGCCGCAGCACCAAGGCAGCCGGGCAUGUUUGCCCAGAUGGCAACCACAGCCGCCGGGGUGGCUGUGGGGUCUGCAGUAGGUCACACCCUUGGCCAUGCCAUGACUGGGGCCUUUGGUGGAGGAAGCUCUGAGGCUGCCAAGCCCGACGUCACAUACCAGGAGCCGUACCAGCAGCAGCCACAGUACCAGCAGGCUCCCCAGCAGCAGCAGCAGGCCUGCUCAUAUGAGUUCAAGCAAUUCAUUGAUUGCGCACAAAACCAGAAUGACCUGAAACUUUGUGAGGGAUUCAGUGAGGUGCUCAAACAGUGCAAGUUUGCUAAUGGUAUGUCAUGAGAUGGAGACAUGGUCGUGCAGAAGGAAUAUCACAAGUUGUCAAUUUAGCAGAUAUAAGAUCAGUGUAAUUUUCAAGGGAUCAAUCAAUAAACAUGCUUUCUUUUGACAGUUGAUUCUUAUUGGCAACAUCAUUUAAUUGUAAAAACUUCUGCAGAGCUUGUAUUCAUAGUCUUAUAAAUAAUGUUAAUAUUUUGCCGUGUCAUUUUUGAGUUAAUUCUAAGUUAACAGUAAAUAUAAUUCGUUUUGCUUUCAUUUUGCUCUGAAAUAUUGGGGGAUUUGCAGAGUAAAACCUAUUCAUUCUUCAUCAUCGGCAUCAACAAUGCCCAGAAUUUGCUUGUAGAAAUGGAGGAAACAAAUAAAGAAAAUGGAUCUUAA